UUUACAAGUCAAUGCAAUUCCUACCAACUCUCAAAUGGAUCAAAUUCCAUUAGACUAUACUUUGGAGCAUAUGGAAGAUGGUAGCUCAGUAGUUUCAGCACCUGCGACCAAAGUUAAGGUUACUACUAAAAAGUCAAUUAAAGGUUGUAAAUCAGUCAAACCAAAAACAUCUAUUAAAACAAACAAUCAGAACAAAAUAAAUGCAGUGACUGCAGGUGCAUUAUCGUCAGGAUUGCUUAUUAAUAAUAAAUUACAUCGUCCAAAAAAAUAUAAAAAACGUUUGAAAAAUUCUAAACAAGUAAUAAUUAACAAUUCAUUAACUGAUGGAGAUAAUAUCACUGAAUCAGAUGGUCGUCGUUAUUGCAUAUGUAACAAUAUAGCUUAUAGAACAAUGAUUGGAUGUGAUAACAAUAAAUGCCCUUAUGAAUGGUUUCAUUUUAAAUGUGUUGGUAUUAAGUCUAAACCAAGUGGACAAUGGUUUUGUCCAUUAUGUAAUACUAAUAAAUCUAAUAAAAAUACUAUGAAGAUAUAACUACAUCUAUUACUGUUUAUUUGAAUCAUUGAAAAUGUAUCAGAGGACUUCCUCUUAACUUCAUUUACAACGAAAUCUGGGAUAGUACAACCAACUUACUAUUGUAUAGUUUAUAAUUGUUUUCCUUAUCUAACAAUCAAUGAAAUACAAAUGUUUACUUUUGUGUUAACUCACAUGUACUUCAAUUGUUUUCAUAUCAUACAAGUACCUAUACGAUCUCCAUGUUGAAUGGCGUACAUGUUGGCAUAUUUUAGUGUAAAUACACUCAAGAGUACUCAAAAUGGAUUGUUAUAUGGAUUCUUAUUCUUUUUUUAAAUAGUUUAUUUUUUGUUGCUACUUUUGUUAUUUUGUUUAUUAUUUUUAUAAGUCAUUGUUUUAUCUAUCUAUGACACUAAACUCCUCCUAAACUGCUGGACCGAUUUGAAUGAAAUUUGUUGUAUGCGUUUGGGUAACGCCCUGGACGGUUUAGAUUCACAAAUCAGCCCGAUAAAGUUAA